CAAGUGACUUGCUGCUGAAGUCAGUACUGGAUUGUCCUCGGAUCAAAUCGGUUACACUCAGGAAUCAUGAAGCUGUUUGUGUUUGCACUGCUUGCGUUGGCCACAGUGGCCUUCGCCAGCGAAGAAGCGCCCGCGGGACGUUUGGCCGGUGGAGCUCUAACGCUCCCCGGACAGCACCCGUCCGUCGUGAGCAUCGACUCCCCGUACAACCUGCACUGCGGCGGAACCAUUAUCAACCUGCAGCAUGUGCUGACCGCGGCCUGGUGUGUCAUGCACCCCACGACCUUCACCCUGAUCAACCCCUUCUGGCUGCGAGUCAUCGCCGGCGAUGUAAACCUGGUUCCAACCUCAAUCCGCCGAGAAGUUCGCUCCGUAACGCACCUCUUUGUGCACCCCAACUACAACCGCCUCAGCGGAAACAACGACCUUGCCGUGAUGCGCGUCAACACCCCCUUCCCGGAGUUCCACAACACAAUCGAGCCGGCAGUAAUCAACACCCGCGUCCUCGCCGACAACACGCAGUGUCAGUACAUCGGCUGGGGAGCCCCCACUAAUGCUGCUAACGCUCCGCUGAACCCCGCUCAGCGAAUGAUCCAAGUGCCAACGCUAGCCCCGGCCCAGUGUAACGUCGCCAACGUGCACAACAACCGCGUGCUGAGCACGAUGAUCUGCGCUGGAUCCAUCCCGGCUAAUGCGAACACCGUUUGUCAGGGUAACAUCGGAGGAGGACUGUUCUGCAAUGGGCAGCUGACCGGAGUGCUUUCCUUUGGGCUGGCCUGUGGAGCCGCGAACCAACCCGGUGUCUACAUCGACGUCAGACAGUACCGCCAGUGGAUCGAUACGCAGUUUACGCGUACCGACAGUCCACCACCGGGCUGGGCGCCGAUUCCGAUGUAAAUGUUUGAAGGAAAUGGUUGAGUUCGAAUAAAUCUUUAUUGACAA